CAAACCCAUUUUUCUCAAGUUCCAUUUUUGGUCACCAAACUUCAAUUAAACUAUAUAGAAAUGUUCUCCAAGGUUCGUAGAUCAUUUUAGAGGCAUCAAUUCGAAGUUUUAACAACAAAUUCAAGGUUUAUGAUUCUUGGUUCUUCACAUAUGUCAAACACAAAACUCAACCAAACGACCAUUUAUGAACGUAGAAACGAUCUAUACGAACAUUCUAGUCACUAGAUAUAUCUACGGGCUUACCUCGAAGCUUAUCGAAGGUUUUGAGAAUUUUCCAGCGAAACUUCCGGCGAUGAUAACUCCCAACUCUGGCGACUUCGGUGGCCACCAACUACUGCAGCAUGUUCUCCUCACUCUCAAGAAUACUUUGGUACUAAACUCAUUAGUUUUUGGGUAUAUUUUGGGGCGUUACAGAUAUUGCCGUCAUGGUUUGUCAGUUCCUAGAGCCGUUUUGACGCCCACGUCCACGACCUCGAUUUCCGCCGCCACGUCCUUUCCCUCGUCCAAAGCCUCCGCACUGUCCCGGGUUGCCAUCACCGUAGCUGCUGCCGCCGUGCUAUCCGCCAUAGCCGCUGCCGCCGUGUUUCCCGCCGUGGGCUUGACCGCCGGCUCGGGUGGUGAGCAGGGCUGUGCUGCCGGGGUCAAUGGGAUUGUACCGUUGGCGAUCCAAAAGCAUGAGAGCCGAUCAAACUUGAAGAAAAUUCGGCAUAAGAUCCUGAAACGGCAUGAACGAGGUUUAAGCCUGAAGAUCUGCGGGAAGCCCUCGGAGCAUCUGGAGGACCAGUUGGUGUUGAGAGACCGGUGCGUCGACGUCCAACCAGUUGGCAAGAUUUUGGAGUUCCUGACAAUAGGCCUCCAUGGAGGUAGAGCCUUUGAUGGUGGUGCGAAAUUCAUGUUCUAACUGCAUGGCCCGGGUGUGUUUAUUGUCGUGAAAUAGGUCAUGGA